AUGCCGCGCCGCAAACGGAGGUCGCGCAGGAGUGCGGCGAACAUCUCCACAGAGCCCGAAGAGCUCAAAAUGCCCGAGGCGGCCGUGAGCGUUUCUGAGAUCAUCCGAUUUCUGUUUCCAAGCAAUGAAUGGUUUCCGCACUCGACAGCGCGGCUCUCGCUGCUUGCCGAGUACGGCCCGCUGAAGGGUGGCGUGCUCUGUGGAGGGCCGCAGGGCAAGCAUAAGGUGUCACAGAUGGAGCUUCGGAUGAUGAUCUCGCAAAACGAGCCGCCAGCAGACGAUCCUGAUGGCCCGCUGCCCAACUACAGCAAGAAGCAGGUCAUCGCUCUGCUCAGCUCCCUCCCGUCUGCGGUUUUCUCUCGCGCGGGGCGGCUCGUCGCCGUCUCGUUCCAUGAGCUACAGGCAGCUGCCAUUGCUGACCGCGAACGCAUCGACUUGGCCCGCCGCUCGCCGCUCCGACAGCUGCCAACCGCCGAGCCUGUGCUGUAAUAUGAUGACGAUGACUCUGGGCCAACCGCCAAGCCUGUGCUGUAAUAUGAUGACGAUGACUCUGGGCCAACCGCCGAGCCUGUGCUGUAAUAUGAUGACG